AGCAAUUUCGCUGUUGCGGACACUUUGCGAGGUAUUUUGUAUCACCCGUGGAAAAAAAGAAAAAAAAAUCCAAUGCAUCCUUUUAAAUACGGACAUUUUUAAUUGAUCUUUGUUUUUAAGACUUUAAAAACAGACUCUUCUGAUUCUGGACAUAUGAAUAUUGAUACAAAUCGAUGUCGAUUUAAUUACAAAUAAUAAUAAGUAAAAGUUAAUUUGCACUUUGCUUAAAUUGACGCAGAUGAAACUACCGUUCGCAUUUGUUUAGCUAGCUAAUAGCUGAAUCUCAGCAAUAGUUACUGUUUUAUACAUAUUUGCUGCAUGCAUUUCUGCAAUUCUAACUUAUUGCACUUGUUUCAAAGGCGGAAUAAGAGGAAACAAACGUUAGCUAGCUUCUGGAAAUCACUCUUUGUGAUUAGCUGGCUAGCUAGCCACCCAGCAAGCCAUAUCUUUCCGCAGUUCAUCAAGCAAUAUUUUACCAAAUUAUUGGUAUAAUUUGCACUCCCUGGACACCUCGUACCUUUCCACUAGUAUUGUUGGGAGAUUGUAUUUUAUUUAUUUAUUUUAAACAUUGUUUUAUUCUGAGUUGGAAUCUAACCUUUCCGAUUAACGUCGAGGCUAACUGGCUAGGUAACUUGCUACACAAAAUGAUGCGGUUACCCAAAGGAAUCUACCCGGCUUCAACCAAAGGUGCCGUCGGACUGUCGGGUUCGCAAAAGAAAGUUCUAGUGAACACGGAGUUUUUCAAUACCGGACACGCCAGCCCGCACGUUAACUCCGUACCGGCCGGCUAUUUCACGCAAAUUUGCAACACUACCGCCGCGGACCAGCGAGCCAACUGUCUCUAUGCAACACCCCACGGACCCGAAGCAAAGCCAGUCCGAUCUUCCUCCGGGAGACUACCGGCCAAGAGGAAGCUGGAUCUGGAGGACCCCUCGUACCUGCCUGACUUCCGUACCCCAAAAGGGAAGGGGUGCGCUGCCCCCCUCCCCAGCCCCCAGACCCCCAAGUCGCCAGGGGAGCGCACCCGCUACGACACCUCGCUGGGCCUCCUCACCAAGAAGUUCGUGGGCCUCCUCAGCGAGUCGCCGGACGGGGUCCUGGACCUGAACUGGGCCACGGAGGUUCUGGAGGUGCAGAAGAGACGCAUCUACGACAUCACCAACGUGCUGGAGGGCGUGCAGCUCAUCCGCAAGAAGUCCAAGAACAACAUCCAGUGGAUGGUGGGCGGUGUGUUCGAGGGCUCGGCGGGCGGGUCGGAGAAAGCGCGCUCUCUGCGGAAGGAGCUGGGUGACCUGGAGAGGGCGGAGAAGGCUCUGGAUGACCUCAUCCAGUCCAGCACCAAUCAGCUCCGCCUGCUGACGGAGAGCCAGGACAACCAGAGGCUGGGAUACGUCACCUACCAGGACAUCCGGUCCAUCGCCAGCCUGCAGGACCAGACGGUCAUCGCCGUGAAGGCGCCGUCCGAGACCAAGCUGGAAGUGCCGGAGUCUCACGGGGAAGCCCUGCAGAUCUACCUGAAGAGUAAGAACGGCCCCAUCGAGGUCUACCUGUGUCCUGAGGAGGGCCAGGAGGACGGGAGUCCGCUGAAGGGCACCAGCGCCACGCCCAAAAAACAGCGCCCCCCACCCGUCUCAGAGCCGCCCCAGUACGCUGUCAAACAGGAGCCCCAGGAAGCUGAGACCCUGAAGCCCGCGGGGGCAGUAGCGGUAGCCCCAGACCCCUCGCGCCCCCUGCUGGACGUGGAGGGUCUCCUGGGCCUGCCUCCCAGCCUGCUCCAGAUCACCGAGGACCAGCUGCCUGGCUCCGCCUUCCCGCCCGAGGGCCCCGCCCCCUUCGUCAGCUUCUCCCCGCCCCUCGACCACGACGACUACCUCUGGAGCCUGGACAGCAGCGAGGGCGUGUCCGACUUCUUCGACACCUACGACCUGGGUGACCUGCUCAGGAGCUGAGACUGCCGUGCCCCCUGACCCCC